AUGAGGUCAACACGAGCUAAAGGAGCAAUAAUGGCCAAGUCCAUUUUUCCAAGUGUAUAGUUUAGAACAGAAGGGACAUAUGCAUAGGCUCUUAUUCCAUUUGGGUACUAUAUAAUUCAAGUUGUAUAGGAUGAGGAAUAUGAAUCUGCAAAAUUUGUUGAUGAACAUAUCUUGUUCUACUAAGGAUCUUAAAUCCAUUAUUCAUAAAGAGUUGUCUAAUUGUCUCGUUAUUAAUGAUAAUGAUUGUUAGGUACCAUUUGAUCCUUUAUUUAGGUAUCCUCUAAAUUGGCUUCCUGCUA